AGGACAGGAAGCAGAGUCUCUGUUGAGUAAAGAGCACACGGCUGAUUAUCGCACUGCAGCAACGUGGCAGAAAGUGUUUUUAUAUCAGUGAAUAUAUCAGUCAACGUCUGAACCAUGAACAAAAGAAAACUGAGUUUCAAAUGGUUUGGGAGCAUCACCAAUCUCUCCAACUUCCACCCGUCUGCAAAGGCCAACAUCAAGGCAGCCCCAGAGCAUGAUGGGAGCCGGAGUGGUGACAAAUCAGCAGCGGGGGAACAAUCGGUGGAUGACAUGGAGGACUGCCUCCGCAGCCCCUGCUAUGCCCGCUCCAGCGAGAUGUACACACAUGUGGGCACUGUGCCCCGCAGCCAGAAACAAAAAAACAGCUACAGGGGGCUGAAGGAGAAAAACAAAAAAGAGGAGGAGGGGGUGAGUGGAGGGCAGAGCCAGUGGAAGGCGGGGGAACAUGUCCGAGACUCCCCUCUGCUCAGUGCCCUGUCAAGCCUCAGUUUGACUAGCCUGGAUCGGCCGCUGCCCGCCACCCCAACACCCAGCUGGGCUUCACCUUUGACCUCAGCACCUGAAAGCUGCUUCAAUGAUCCUUUAGUGGGCCCCAUUAAGAGCCAAGGGUCAUUGUCAAGGAGCAGGUAUGCUUUAGAAACUGGUCAAGCUGUAAGAGAGCCUUCAAACAUGGCAACUAAUGGCCCUAAAGCGGCUUUGGCGCAAGAUGUUUACGUGCCAAUGGACCCGAUAGCAGAAGCAACUCGCAGCCACGUGUGCGACCAAACAGAGAGACAGCGAGGGGUCACAAGUACACAGGAAACCACGAAGACUGUGAACAGCUUUCAGGGGGUGGAACGUGUUGACAGUCAGCAGGACGUGACAGACAGCAGUGGAGAGUAUGUGAAGUUCUCCAAAGACAAGUUCUGGUUGGUGCCGCCGUCGGAGAAACUGAGGAAGCAGCUGGAGGAGGAGCUGAAGCUAAACGGCAGCAACCUGAAGAGCCACGCCUGGUACCAUGGACGUAUCCCGUGGGAGGUGUCCGAGAGUCUGGUGGUGAACCACGGCGACUUCCUCAUCAGAGACUCUCAGUCCAGUCAGGGCGACUUUGUCCUCACCAGCCACUGGGAGCACAGAACACUUCACUUUGUCAUCAGAAAGACGGUGGUUCAGUCCAGUGAGACGUACACUCGGGUCCAAUACAGCCUGGAGGGCGAGGCCUUCGACUCUUUACAGGCUCUUGUUCAUUUCUACGCGGGGAGCAAGACGGCCCUGACCCGGUGGAGCAGAGCUCAGAUUCACCAGCCAGUGAACAGGACGCUGCCUCUCAGCUACCUGGAGACAGCUUUCUGCACCGCAGUCAACCCGCCGUCCUGCCACAGAGGGCUGAUGAACAGCAGCGUGAGCGGAGAGGAGAGGGUCUGUCCGAGAAGUCCUUCCUCUCUCCACCACAGGGAGGCAGAUGUAAACAGGGAGCAGGACGACCGGCCUCUGCUGACUGCAGGAGAAUCCUCUCUCUCUACUCUGUACAACAACACCCAACCGUCUAGAAGCCUUUGCAGUAGUCGGGCAGCCAGUGUGGCGCCAUCCCCGUCCCUCUCCAGGCGCUUGGAUACUGCCCGAACCCUGUCAUCUCCCAACAACACCCUCCACAAACAGUGUAACGAGAGACCCCAACCUCAUCUAAACCAGGACUCCCUGUCUUCUGAUGCAGGUGUAAGCUGCUACACAGAGCUGUACCCCGGCCCCCAGAGCUACGUAGAGAGGCUGUGGGUGGAGGAAGGGUCAGUAGGCAUUGAUCCACUGAGGGUGGAGGACGGGAACUUGUACUUCUUGCCGGUGGUGGAGACGGUCUCUUCUUUCAAACCGAGUAGGUACCAGUCGUCGCUCAUGCCCAAGGAGAAUAAGCCUUUGGAGGUGGGCAUCCUACGGAGGGUGAAGGAGCUGCUGGCGGAGGUCGACCCCAGGACAGCAGUCAAACAUAUCACCAAGGCUGACUGCAUGGUGGCCAGAAUUCUGGAGGUGACUCCAGAAGUGCAAAGGACGAUGGGAGUUAGUUCUGGGAUGGAGCUGCUAACGUUGCCACAUGGCCAACAGUUGAGACUGGAUCUCCUGGAGAGGUUCCAAACCAUGGCCAUCAUGUUGGCUGUGGAUGUGUUGGGCUGCACAGGGACGACUGAGGAGAGGGCAGGCCUGCUGCAUAAAAUCAUCCAAAUCGCAGCUGAGCUCAAGAGCACCAUGGGCAACAUGUUUGGCUUUGCUGCCGUCAUGAGAGCUUUAGAACUGCCGCAGGUAUCCCGUCUGGAGCAGACAUGGACGGCGCUACGGCAGCGACACACAGAGGGCGCUAUUCUCUACGAGAAAACUCUGAGGCCGUUUAUGAAGAGUCUGAAUGACGGGAGAGAAAGCUGUCCGUUGUCCAACACCAGCUUCCCCCACGUACUACCCCUCCUGUCUCUGCUGGAGAAGAGCAUGGCGGUGGGUGAGGGGACAGAGCCGUGGGAGACGGUGGAAGUCGGAGUGGACGUGGUCAUGUUUCACCUGGGAGCAGCGAGGACCAUCGCUCAGCUGGGGGGCAUCUACCGCUCCAACGCUGAGUGCAAAUUACAAGGUUUCCCGGAGCAAGCAGAGGUCCUGGAGCUCUUCCUGACUGACUUCCAGAUGAGGCUGCUUUGGGGUAGCAAGGGUGCUGAGGAGAGCCAGGCUCUGCGGUACGCCAAGUUUGACCAGGUCCUGACCGCCUUGUCCUACAGGCUGGAGCCGCCUGUCAGACCACGUUGACCACGACAUGUUUCUAAUAACUUUGUUUAUCCGGGAUGAGCUCAGAAACCACUAGAUGCAGAGGACGGUGGAGGCACUUGAAGCAUGAGGUAGUACAGCACCCUGGAGGACAAAAGAUGCAAACCAAGAAGCUGCAAAAUGUACAGUUUUAUGGCAUCACAGCUCCUGCUUUGGUGCUUUGUCUUCUCACAAACUCACUGUAUUCUCAUUUACCAUCCUCAUCAUGGAUUAUUCGAUUAUUUACAAAUAUAUAUAUUCUUAACUGAGGAUUUACACCACUUUAAUGUCUCAGAAUGUCAAUGCUAAAAGACUUCAUCUAUCCUACUAUGGAAGUGGGGUGUGGUUAUGGCGCCGGCUGCUGGUGGAGAGAUUGGAUUGUCUCAGCUGGAGGUCAGACAGCUGGACAGAGAGACAGAGAGACAACGAGAGAGAGACAGAGAGUACCAGACCAACAGUGGAACGUGUGACUGUGUACAAGUCCUGGCACAGAUGUAUGAUUAAUAAACCUGUUGUGUCCACACCCAACCUACUCUCCUUCUGUCAUUGUGACCUGAGUGGGGCAGGAGUCUCCACACGCACAUUGAACUAAAUCGUGAAGGGAAGGCGAUCAGUGUAAAUAUGUGCUACUGUGCCAGGUUCUGUUGUGGUAUGAUGCUUUUGUUUUGCAAAAGAAACGUUUUUUUUUCUUCAUGAAAAUAGUUUCUAAGAUGAGGCUGUGCCUCGGUCUGUUAGCCUAAUGAAAGGCUGGACCUUCCCUAAAUCUACAACUGUAUGAACUGUAUGUCAUAUUAUACAACCCAAUAACAGAAUAACACUGUAUCUACAUUUUCAUUUGUUGUAUUGUGUUCCCCAUCAUGUGUUAAUCAUUAGGAUUUUCUAAUUCGAAGUGAAUAUUUAAUGUAAUCUUGAGAUUAGUGGCGCUGUUAUCAGAAAUGUUGCUUUUUUUUUUUCUCUUCCAAAUGAAAGUUCUUCACAUUAUCACACAAACUGUAUCUUUUAUUAUUACUGUGUGGAUUGGAAGAGAGUGAACUCACCCUAACCACACAAGUAGAGCACGCAGGGACAGAGCAUUUAUAUUAUCUUAUUAUUAAUGUCUAAUAUUUAUCUGAAAUGUGAAAUGGAAAUAAACAUGUUUACCUCACUCUUUGGAUACAACUGUCACAUCUGUUACAUGUGUGUCGCUGUGCACUACAACUGACUCGUGCUGCAUUUUGUAUAAUAAAAAUCUAUACAGA